UGGGGCGCCCCCUCGCCCCCGGCUGCUGCGCCGUUAGCUUUGGGGCGGGAAGGAACGGCCGGGAAAAGAGGAGGAGGAGGAGGAGGAGGAAGAGAAAGAAGCGGGGGAGGGGGAAGGAGGAGGAGGAGGAGGAGGAGGAGGAGGAGGGAGCAGGAGGAGGGAGCCGGGGCGCCAGAGGGCCGCGCGCUCUCCAUCCCCCCCACCCCCCAGCCCCUGCGGCCGCAGCGGGUCCCGGGGCUCCGCCAGCUCCGCGCCGCCGCCGCCCGCACUAUGCAUGCGGACUGCAGGCCGGGAUGGAGAGCCGGGGGAUGGUGAGAACCCAGCGCAGCCUGUCGUCGCUUCCCCCGGUCCGGAUCCUGGCCCGGGCGGCCGCCUUCUCCCUCUCCCCCUUUCCCUUCUGUUCCUCCCCCUCCUCCUCCUCUUCUCUUUCCACCCCCUUCUUGCUCCUCCUGGUACUUCUGCUGCUGCUGGAAGACACCGGAGCUCAACUAGGUGACGGAUGUGGACACACUGUAUUAGGUCCUGAAAGUGGAACUCUUACAUCCAUAAACUAUCCGCAUACCUAUCCUAACAGCACAGUUUGUAAAUGGGAGAUCCGUGUGAAGGCAGGAGAGAGAGUGCGCAUCAAAUUUGGUGACUUUGACAUAGAAGAUUCAGAUUCUUGUCACUUUAAUUAUUUGAGAGUUUACAAUGGAAUUGGACUCAGCAGGACUGAGAUAGGCAAAUACUGUGGUCUGGGGUUGCAACUGAACCAUUCGAUUGAAUCAAAAAGCAAUGAAAUGACAGUGCUAUUCAUGAGUGGAACCCAUGUUUCUGGACGUGGAUUUCUGGCUUCCUAUUCAAUUACAGAUAAACCAGAUAUGAUUACUUGCUUAGAUACUGCAACUAAUUUUUUGGAGCCUGAGUUCAGUAAGUACUGUCCGGCAGGCUGCCUCAUUCCUUUUGCUGAGAUUUCUGGAACUAUUCCUCAUGGAUAUAGAGAUUCAUCUUCACUUUGCAUGGCUGGUAUACAUGCAGGAGUUGUGUCAAAUAAUCUGGGUGGCCAGAUCAGUGUUGUAAUCAGCAAAGGGAUACCAUACUAUGAAAGUUCUUUGGCUAAUAAUGUCACCUCUGUAGUGGGACAGUUGUCUGCAAGUCUGUUUACCUUCAAAACUAGUGGCUGUUAUGGAACACUGGGAAUGGAAUCUGGAGUUAUUCCUGAUUUUCAAAUAACAGCAUCAUCUGUGUGGACUGACUACACAGGACAGCAGAAUAGUUGGACACCUGAAAAGGCUAGACUGAAGAAACUCGGACCUCCUUGGGCUGCUAGUGACACUAAUAAAUAUCAGUGGUUACAGAUAGAUAUGAAUAAGGAAAAGAAAAUAACAGGCAUUAUAACCACUGGAUCUACCAUGAUAGAACACAACUACUAUGUGUCUGCCUAUAGAAUUCUUUAUAGUGAUGAUGCACAGAAAUGGACAGUAUAUAGAGAACCUGGUAUUGAACAGGAUAAGAUAUUUCAAGGAAACACAGACUACCACCAGGAUGUACGCAAUAACUUCAUUCCACCCAUUAUAGCACGUUUUGUUAGAAUUAAUCCUGUACAGUGGCAGCAGAAAAUUGCAAUGAAAGUGGAAUUGCUUGGAUGUCAGUUUAUUCCUAUAGGUCGUGCUCCAAAACUAACUCAGCCACCAUUUCCCCGGAACAACAAUGACAUAAGAAACACAACGGUCACUUCACAUGUAGCCAGAGGUCGUGCUCCAAAAUUCAAUCAACCACCACCUCGGCAUGGCAUCAACUUUCCUCUGCAGACUGAUCAAACAACAGUUACUCCAGAUAUCAAAAACACAACAGUCACUCCAAAUUUAACCAAAGAUGUAGCAUUGGCUGCUGUCCUAGUACCUGUCCUGGUCAUGGUUCUCACUACCCUUAUUCUCAUCUUAGUCUGUGGUUGGCAUUGGAGAAACAGAAAGAAAAAAGCAGAAGGAACGUAUGACUUACCUUAUUGGGACCGUGCAGGUUGGUGGAAAGGAAUGAAGCAGUUUUUCCCAGCCAAAUCCCUGGAACAUGAGCAAACUCCUGUUCGUUAUAGCAGCAGUGAAGUUAGUCACUUGAGACCAAGAGAAGUCACAUCUGUCUUCCAGACUGAAACUGCAGAAUAUGCUCAGCCUUUGGUGGGAGGAAUUGUUGGUACACUUCAUCAGAGAUCAACCUUUAAACCAGAAGAAGGAAAAGAAGCAGGCUAUGCUGACCUCGAUCCUUAUAAUUCUCCGGUGCAAGAAGUUUACCAUGCAUAUGCUGAACCACUGCCUAUCACUGGGCCAGAAUAUGCUACGCCAAUAAUCAUGGAUAUGUCAGGACACCCAACAGCCUCAAGUGGGGCACCCUCUACAUCCACCUUCAAGGCUACAGGGAAUAAAGCCCCUCCUUUAGUGGGAACUUACAAUAAACUCUCUCGGACUGAUAGCUGCCCUCCAACACAUGCAGAAUAUGAUACUCCAAAAGGAGGGAAACCAGGACUAAGUGCCCCAGAUGACAUGAUGUACCAGGUACCACAGGGCACGCUCCACACAGCUGGAAGCAAAGGGGAAGGUUCAGGCACAGGGAGGGAAGGAGAAGGUGACGUUUUUUAAGAAAUUCUUUGAAGGUGAUGCCACUUUUUCCAAAGCUUCGUUUUUAAAGCACAUUGAAUUUUUUGUACUAGUCAUGGUGAUACAUGAAAAAAAUCUAUCAGUAAUUGUCACUGAAAUGAUUGAGGGAAAAUAUUAUAACUGAGGUACAGGAAACUACUAAUCUGGCUGUUUUGCUUCUAAGAUACACAACAUACAAUUGUUGAUGCUUCCCUGUUCAUGCUGUAAUAUUCUGUUUUGUUACUACUGUAAAAUGCAAUAUUCUUUAAGUCAUAAGAGAGCUCCUCAGAUGCACUUCAAAGAAUUUAAAAAUCACUGAGACGAAAUAUUUAUUACUGAUGCUGCAGGUAAAUUAAUGAACUUAAAGUAAUGGCUUUAAUGGAAGCCUUACUAGCAAUAAUUGCUCAUGGUACUGUUACAGUGAAUGGCUUGAAGUUCUUAAGAUCUACAUGCAAAGUUGGAAACUGUCAGGAUCUAUCUUCUUUAUGGUUCCCAUAUUAUCAUUUCUCUGUUUAUUUUUUUAAAGUUUAUAAUCCUGUAAUAUCUAUAAAUUACUUUGAGUAACUUUCCUGUAGAGCUAAAUCUUUAGGAAGAUAAGAAAUCUACAGUAAGCUUUCUUCCAAAGCAUGCACUUGGGCCCCUCUUCAUUUGGCCAAAAGCCAUAGUUGUUAGUAUCCUCGUGGGCUUUGUUCUGAGCAUUCUCUGUGGGUUCGGCUUGGGCAGCCUAAUGAAUAUAGAUCCUCUGUGGCCCGAACAACCACUUUACAGCCAAGAAAAGUUAUGUAGCGAGUUUUUCCCUCACUUGUAUUUGCAGUGGCAUCAACAUGUUUGUAAAUGAACCUGUGUGACUUGUCAGGAGAAAAGUAAAAGGUUGUGAAGAGAAAGUGAAUGGGCCCCAGUUGAUGUUUGUCAUCAGAAUGAAAUAUAUCAACACAGACUACAACUCAGAAAUAAUACAUUUUAAAUUGUAUAAAAAUUUUUUUUGACAUUGGCAAGUCAGUUAACUCUGAUAGCAUUUUUUUCGGUUUAAUAAAUAACUUUUUUUAAAUCGUAGAAUAUGACAUUCUCUAGUAGGUCACAGAUACAACAUUUUUUCCAAUCCCAUUCUUGUUCUGCUGCAAUGUGAGGAGAAGAUUCAUGAUACCUUACCAUGGGAGACACGGGGUGUCUCAAGUGUCUGAGUUAAUACCUUAGAACUGCAACUCAGACCUUUGGAACUCUUUGUAUAUCAGUUGAUAGAGAACUGUGUGUCACAUCUAAUCAAAUAAAAUUUUAUCUGAAUUGAUAUUGACAGUAUUC